ACGUGAUCGUUCACUAAAGCAAGCGGAGAUCAAAUGGAUGUUUAGGACACAAUGGACCUGUUUGACAGCUCCGAUUCUCGGAAAGGGGCGUCAAAGGCUGCUGCGACAAGUGUUGAGAUAACGGAACCGUGGUCGCGCUUCUCCGCUUGGCUCGAGUGUGUGUGCGUCGUUACCUUCGACCUCGAGCUCGGACAAGCCAUUGAGCUCAUUUACCCCCAUGAUGUCAAACUCACAGAGAAGGAGAAAACAAGCAUCUGUUAUUUAUCCUUUCCUGACUCGUACUCAGGAUGCCUCGGGGACACUCAGUUCAGCUUCAGACUGCGGCAGUCGGUGGGCCGGAGUGGCUCUUGGUUUGAACAAGAGGAUGCGUACAACAGGGAUGCCCCUCUGACUAUGCAGAAGGACCAUGCACAUUUCCAUGGGUAUGUGUAUUUCAGGCAAGUGAAAGAUGCAUCUGUCAAAAGAGGUUACUUUCAGAAGUCUCUGGUGGUGGUGUCCAGACUUCCAUUUGUGCACCUGUUCCACUCACUUCUAAAGGUCAUCGCUCCUGAAUACUUUGAAAAACUUGAACCUUUUCUGGAAACAGUCUGUAAUGAGAUUGACCAAUGGCCGGCACCGAUACCAGGGCAGACUCUUAAUUUACCUGUGAUAGGAGUGGUGAUGCAGGUCAGAAUUCCCUCAAAAGAUGAAGCACCUGGAGGAAGCCCUGUAAAAAAAACACAGACUGAGCAUGUGCUCCCCGCCCCCACUAUUCUUCCAACAAUUCAUGAGCUGGAUAUUUUUCAAUGUUUCCAGUCAGUCCUGAUUCACGUGCAGAUGCUCUGGGAGCUGAUGUUGCUAGGAGAACCAGUGGUUGUUAUGGCACCCUCUCCAACUGUCUCCUCAGAGAUUGUGCUGGCUCUGGUCAGCUCCAUCACCCCACUGCGCUACUGUGGGGAUUACCGGCCCUACUUCACCAUUCAUGACAGUGAAUUCAAGGAGUACACCACCAGAACUCAGGCUCCGCCCAAUGUCAUACUGGGUGUCACAAACCCUUUUUUUAUGAAGACCUUUCAGUGCUGGCCACACAUCAUACGGCUUGGAGACCUGAAGAUGUCUGGUGAUUUGCCAAAGCAGGUGAAGACCAAGAAACUGGCCAAGUUGAAAACACUGGAUGCAAAACCAGGUAUAUACACCGCAUACAAGACGUUCUUACACAAAGAUAAAGUGCUCAUCAAACGACUCUUAAAGGGUAUCCAGAAAAAAAGGCCAUCAGAGGUUCAGAACAACAUCUUGAGGCGGCAUCUACUCGAGCAGACACAGAGUUUCAUUCUCCCACUGGAGCAGUAUUUGUCCAGUCUGAUGCCCCCACAGAGAACUGUGACUCCAUGGAAGACCCCCCCUCAGAUCCGGUCCUUCAGUCAGGAGGAGUUUUUGAAGACCCUGGAGCAAGCAGGGCCGCAGCUUACCUCUGUGCUGAAAGGAGAUUGGAUGGGCCUGUACAGACGUUUUUUACGUUCUCCAAACUUCGAUGGCUGGUAUCGUCUCAGACACAGAGAGAUGACUCAGAAAGUAGAAUGUCUUCAUUUAGAGGCCAUCUGUGCAGCUGAUCUGCUGACUUGGACCAAAGACAAAUCAGAAGUAGAAAUUGUUGACCUCAUCCUGAAGCAGAGGGAGAAAGUGAUGAGAGCUCGAAAGCACCAGCUUUCAGUGAAAGAAGAGCUACUGGAGAGAUUGGAGCAGUCCAUUCAGACCAUCAUCAGCUCCUUGCCAGAGGAUCUACAGACAGUAUUACAUAGACAGUGACAAUCAUACUUGUCAAUACUGACCAGCAGACCCAACUGACUUAAACAUACUGUUUGUGCCACAACACUAAUGUUCCAGAAUCACUAAUAUCAGCACCCAUACCAGCCAUAUAUCAGCCUUUGACAUCAAUCAACAUGUAAUCCACCGUUAAGUCCAUGUACUACCUUAACAGCCUUUUACUUGGGACGAACAGGAGAGAAACUCUAACCUUUUAGCACUAUCUGACAAGGAAUCAUUUUAAGUGUCUACAAGGCUUUACUACACAUCAGCAGUCUGUCCAAACAGCCAUUUUAACAGUAUUUUAAGGCCUGCAGUCAGUUAGCACUGCAUGAACUCCUUCAGACAUAGUUUAUAAUUCGAUGGAUAAACGAUAGGGUUAAAUAAGAUGAACUAAUGGAAUUUUAAUGACCAAAUGCACCAUUUACAUAUUGAGGUUAGUAAUAUGUCUGACAUGUUCACUUAGGAUACUUUUAGGAUUAUUUAUUUAUUUAUUAUUUAUUAAAUAUCAAAGCUUUUAUUGUGAUAAUGGUGUUAUAGAUAUUAUUAAUGGGUCAUCUAAUCAGAAGUACACUAAAACAUUAUGGAGCAUAUUAUUAGACUUCACAGCAACAUUUUUGGCUACCCGUUUUUUUUUUUAAACUUUCUAUGGGAUUUUGUCGUGGCAGAGAAUAACGUCUACAGUGCCUUUUAGUUAAUUUCACAAAAGCUUGUUUAAAUACUUUUAUGACAAUAAAGAUUUGAUCUUAUUCAGGGCUGAGUAAAUAGACCGAUUAAGACUAAUCUAAGGCUAAAACUGAUUUAAUAAUUAUUAUAGUAAUAGUAGUCCAUGUGAUUAAGACUUGAACUCCAAUGCAAUCAAAACGAAUGUAAAGUUGGUUUAAUGCAGUCAUAACUCUCUACCUACAUGGAUAAGACACUUAUGUAUAUGUAUGCAUUGUAUUUUUCUGUCACAAAUUUUCCAGGACCUUAUUUGUAAAGAAAGUUGAUUUUUCUCCUUUGUUGUGCCACAACAGUCUGUGUUAACAGUUCUGAACUUUGCACUUUAUUAUUUUGUCUACAGUUGUGAACCUCUCUGCACAUUUGUAUUAUUAUUUUGACUGUUUCAGUUAGUAUGUGUAUAUUCAUGUUCUAGUGAGCAGCCAAACUAGAGCUAAGAAUAUUUUACAUGUUUUUAAAUCUGUGAUUGUUCCAGUACAGACAACAGCAUAUUUUGACAGCUUGUUCGAUUAGUUUUCUUUCAUUAAAAUGGUUUUAAGCGUAACUUGCAAUUGCAAUGGAUUAAAAUGGUUUUAAACACAAAUGAUUGCCACUGUUCCAGUUUUACAAAAUAUUUAUCUGUUUUUAAAGUUUGUACUACGCUAUUGUCUGUGUUGAACAGACCAGCAGUCAGACUAAAUUUGAUUUACGAUUUAUAAUAGCUUUUCUAUUGCUUGUGUAAUGUGUUCUAACAAAAGUGUAUUAUUAUUUACUUAAUUUCAUGCCAUCCCAGAUGUGUAUGACUUUUCAUUCUUCUGCAGAACACAAACAAAGGUUUUUAGAAGAAUAUCUC